AGGGCACUGGCCUUUCUGCUAAAGAAGGUGAAGUAUGUGAUUCUUUUGUCUAAAUCCCCAAUAUGGCAGUGCCACUGCCUCGUUGAAUGUUACCAUUGCAGCUUAUCUUAUUUUGCAUCAUUUUGGAGUUUGGGCAGGCUUUUCAGAGAGAACUCUAGAUGGGAACAAAUUUGUCGUAGCUGAAAAAUCUGUGAAACAGAUAAAACAAAACUACUGCUCAGAAACCAUAGAUUAUAUAAUUUUGGAGCGAAAAUCUCAAAGGGAAAAUGCUUCUAACGGGUUCUUUGAUGAGAGUGGAAUCAGUGCGUCAUCUUCUAAUCUUCUGGAUGCAGUGUUUGGUCAUGUACAAAAUGUUGGUCAUUAACAUUGGACAACAUCACAAGGCAACUGUCUAUAUUUUCAUCCCCAUGCAGUAGCUUGAAUGACUAAGUGUGAAAUAUCUAAAGCAGAGGUUUUGGAUUUGAGACUUCUCGUCGUCAUAUUAAGAUCGGACUAUUGAAUUACUUAAUGUAGUAUUUGUGGGACUUGUUAUUGGACCCAGAAAAUGACAGUCCAACUUGAAUAGAGUUCUUUGUUAUCAUAAAAAAAAAAAGUUGUCUAUAUUUUCUCAACUGUACCAGAGAGGGCAGCUAGCAGCUUUGAUAAUAUCAGUGAGAAAGUGCUGCAAUUUUGGCCCACUGAGAGGUCCCUAAAACCACCAUGAUCAAAUGGGGAUAUUCAAUGAAGUUACAUUGAAUUUGCUUGGAUUAACAUUCUAUGGAAGUUGGGCUUUCGUUUUGCACAGGAGAGCCUAUUCCAUUGAAGGAAACUGUUUCUUUAUUUAUUCUAGUGCUUAUCCGAUGAACCAAUGACAGAGGAAAGAAUCCAGGACCAUGAAUGACUGUUGCACCUCCAAUUGACAGUCAAUAAAGUAUUUUAAGCUAUUAUGAAACCUACCAUGGAAAAACUAUCUCUACGAUAACCUUGUCAACCAUAGUCUUUUAAGUAAUUAUACUAUUGUAGAGAAAAAGAAGUCAUGUUUCUCGUUUUAUAGUGUAAUGGUAGGUUCCGAUUAGAUAUGGGGCAACAAUCUUGGUUUUAUUGGUAGUAGUUGGUGCAUUUUUUGGCUUGUUAGAAAAGAAGCUCAACAAUAUUGCCACUUUGUCAAACUCUCCAUUUCGGAGCAGUUGGGAUGGAGCAUUUUUUGUCUCGUCUACUUCUACUUUUCUCUCUUUAUUUUGUCUUUCUGGGCUAGCCUGUCCUCAACUUUGAUCUGAACUUCAAGUGGUUUGCUCUAAAAGUUUCCAUGUCUUCAAAGAAGAUUCAUGAGAUCUAUUAUAAUAGUCGAACGUCUUACAUUAUAGGUACCUUCAGAAGGAAACUUUGCAGCAUCUGUUCAAAGUUAAGGUCUCUGAUAUGGAGGCGGCCAAGGACCAAAGUUAUCAUCAGGAGGUUUGGAAAGACUAACUUUAAAGGUCAGACUAAAAGAGACGCAAGUGGCAAGAAGUCCUCUGCUCGUUUGAAUGGCCAUCUGGGCUAUUCUAACUCUAUACCGAUACGCCUUGCCACAUUUAAUGUCGCCAUGUUCUCACUUGCACCUGCCAUUUCAAAGGCUGAGGAAUUAGCUAUGGCGGGCAACGAAGAAGAGAAUUAUGUGGAAUUAAAGAGUGAUCAAGUGGAGACCAUCAAGAAUUUCAACAAGUCUACAAAUUAUCAUCCCAAGAGUAUACUGAAGCAAUCUCCUUUGCAUACUUCUGUAACAAGUCCUGAUAAUCUUUCCAAGCAAAAGAAGCACUCCAGAUCGAAGUUGAAGGUCUCGAUUAACCUCCCAGAUAAUGAGAUCUCCUUAGCCAACAGUAAUGCUUUGAUGAGGUCCCCUGUGUGCCUUCCCAGUAGUAUGAUUACGUGGAGUGAUGAUUGCUCGAAAAGCGGUAGGAGCAUUGCAGAAGUACUUAGAGAGGUGGAUGCUGAUAUAUUGGCCUUGCAAGAUGUCAAGGCAGAAGAAGGGAAUGCCAUGAAGCCUUUAUCCGAUUUGGCUGCUGCCUUGGGGAUGAAGUAUGUGUUUGCAGAGAGCUGGGCACCAGAGUAUGGCAAUGCCAUUUUAUCAAAAUGGCCGAUCAAGACGUGGAAAGUUCAGAAGAUUGCUGAUGAUAAAGAUUUCAGGAAUGUGCUAAAGGCCACAGUUGACGUGCCAUGGGCAGGAGAAAUAAACUUCAACUGCACUCAACUUGACCAUCUGAAUGAAUAUUGGAGAAUGAAGCAAAUUAGUGCAAUAAUCCAAUCAAGUGACUCUCCCCACAUCUUAGCAGGAGGUCUCAAUUCUCUAGAUGGAUCAGAUUACUCAUUAGAAAGAUGGAUGGACAUUGUCAAGUAUUACGAGGACAUUGGAAAACCUACCCCAAAGAUUGAUGUGAUGAAGCUUCUCAAAGGAAUAGAGUAUGUAGAUGCAAUGGACUUCGCAGGCGAAUGCGAGCCAGUAGUCAUCAUAGCCAAAGGCCAAAAUGUGCAAGGAACAUGCAAAUAUGGGACUCGGGUAGAUUACAUCUUGGCGUCACCAGAUUCGCCUUACAAGUUUGUUCCAGGGUCAUAUUCUGUCAUCUCAUCCAAAGGCACCUCUGAUCAUCACAUAGUUAAAGUUGACAUCACAAAAGCAAGAUAGACUGCUGGACAAAUGUGAUUGAACAGCAAGGGGGAAAAAAAACAACACUCUUUUUAGGCAAAUUCUUUGAUAAAUUUGUUUACCCAGUUGAUGGAUGGAAGUAAAUUUGUAUGCAAUUUUUGAAAUGUAAAAUAUAAUUUUGAGAGACAUUUGAUUUGUGUUAAAUUAAUAAAAGUUUAUCUGUUGAUGUCUUUAUUAAA